CCGCCCCCCCGCCCCGGAAUGUACUGACUCUCCGCUCUCCUCCCCUCUCCGCCCCCCUGCAGGAGGGAGGCGCCCCCGAGUGUCCCCUCCCGCGAGAGGGGCCGCGCGGGCCGGGUCGGGCCGGGCUGGAGCAGCGGCGGCGGCGGCCGCGGGAGCCGAGCCUGCAGCGAGGGACCGGCUGAAGCGCGCGGGAGGCAGAGCGGCGAGGGCUCCGCGGCGCUGCCGCCGCCGCCGCCGCUCGCAGGGAAGAGAUGGCGGCGGAGCGGGGAGCCCGGCGACUCCUCGGCACCUCCUCCUUCUGGCUCUGCUGCCUGCUGCUGCUCGGGCGCCGGGCGCCGGGCGCCGCGGCCGCCAGGAGCGGCUCCCCGCCGCAGUCCCCAGGAUCCGGUGUUCGAACAUUCACUCCAUUUUAUUUUCUGGUGGAGCCAGUGGAUACACUCUCAAGUAGAGGCUCUUCUGUUAUAUUAAACUGUUCAGCAUAUUCUGAGCCUUCUCCAAAAAUUGAGUGGAAAAAAGAUGGAACUUUUUUAAACUUAGUAUCGGAUGAUCGACGCCAGCUUCUCCCAGAUGGGUCUUUAUUUAUCACCAAUGUGGUGCAUGCCAAACACAAUAAACCUGAUGAAGGCUAUUAUCAGUGUGUAGCCACUGUUGAGAAUCUUGGAACUAUUGUCAGUAGAACAGCCAAGCUCACAGUAGCAAGUCUUCCAAGGUUUGCCAGCCAACCGGAACCUUCUUCAGUUUAUGCUGGAAACAGUGCAGUUCUGAAUUGUGAAGUUAAUGCAGAUUUGGUCCCAUUUGUGAGGUGGGAACAGAACAGACAGCCUCUUCUUCUGGAUGAUAGAGUUAUCAAACUCCCCAGUGGAACACUGGUCAUCAGCAACGUGACUGAAAGAGAUGGGGGCCUUUAUCGCUGCGUAGUGGAAAGUGGUGGGCCGCCGAAGUAUAGUGAUGAAGCUGAAUUAAAAGUUCUCCCAGAUCCUGAGGUUACAUCAAACUUGGUAUUUUUGAAACAACCUUCUUCCUUAGUCAGAGUCAUUGGUCAGAGUGCAGUGUUGCCAUGUGUUGCUUUGGGACUUCCUACUCCAACCAUAAGAUGGAUGAAAAAUGAGGAGGCGCUUGACACAGAAAGCUCUGAAAGAUUGGUAUUGCUGGCAGGUGGUAGUCUGGAGAUCAGUGAUGUCACUGAAGAUGAUGCUGGGACUUAUUUUUGCAUAGCUGAUAAUGGAAAUGAGACAAUUGAAGCUCAGGCAGAGCUUACAGUACAAGCCCAACCUGAAUUCCUGAAGCAGCCUACUAAUAUCUAUGCUCAUGAAUCUAUGGAUAUUAUAUUUGAAUGUGAAGUGACUGGAAAACCAGCUCCAACUGUGAAGUGGGUCAAGAAUGGGGAUAUGGUUAUCCCAAGUGAUUACUUUAAGAUCGUAAAGGAACAUAAUCUUCAAGUUUUGGGUCUGGUGAAGUCAGAUGAAGGGUUCUAUCAAUGCAUUGCUGAGAAUGAUGUUGGAAAUGCACAGGCUGGAGCACAACUGAUAAUCCUUGAACAUGAUGUUGCCAUCCCAACAUUACCUCCCACUUCACUGACCAGUGCCACUACUGACCAUCUAGCACCAGCCACCACGGGACCACUGCCUUCAGCUCCUCGGGAUGUCGUGGCCUCUCUGGUCUCUACCCGCUUCAUCAAAUUGACAUGGCGGACACCUGCAUCAGAUCCUCAUGGAGACAACCUUACCUACUCUGUCUUCUACACCAAGGAGGGGAUUGCUAGGGAACGUGUUGAGAAUACCAGUCACCCAGGAGAAAUGCAGGUAACCAUUCAAAACCUAAUGCCAGCAACUGUGUACAUCUUCAGAGUUAUGGCUCAAAAUAAGCAUGGCUCCGGAGAGAGUUCAGCUCCACUACGAGUAGAAACACAGCCUGAGGUUCAGCUCCCCGGCCCAGCACCUAACAUCCGAGCAUAUGCAACUUCACCUACUUCUAUCACUGUCACCUGGGAAACACCGUUGUCUGGCAAUGGGGAAAUUCAGAAUUACAAAUUGUACUACAUGGAAAAAGGGACUGAUAAAGAACAGGAUGUUGACGUUUCAAGUCACUCCCACACCAUUAAUGGGUUGAAAAAAUAUACAGAGUAUAGUUUCCGAGUGGUGGCCUACAAUAAACAUGGUCCUGGAGUCUCCACGCAAGAUGUUGCUGUUCGAACAUUGUCAGAUGUUCCCAGUGCUGCUCCUCAGAAUCUGUCCUUAGAAGUAAGGAAUUCAAAGAGUAUUAUGAUUCACUGGCAGCCACCUCCUCCAGCCACACAAAAUGGGCAGAUUACUGGCUACAAGAUUCGCUACCGAAAGGCCUCCAGAAAGAGUGAUGUCACUGAGACCUUGGUAACUGGGACACAGCUGUCUCAGCUGAUUGAAGGUCUUGAUCGGGGGACUGAAUAUAAUUUCCGAGUGGCCGCUCUAACGAUCAAUGGUACAGGCCCCGCUACUGACUGGCUUUCUGCUGAAACUUUUGAAAGUGACUUGGAUGAAACUCGUGUUCCUGAUGUGCCCAGUUCUCUUCAUGUCCGCCCACUUGUCACUAGCAUCGUAGUAAGCUGGACUCCUCCAGAGAAUCAGAACAUUGUGGUCAGAGGUUAUGCUAUUGGCUAUGGCAUUGGCAGCCCUCAUGCCCAGACCAUCAAAGUGGACUAUAAACAGCGCUAUUACACCAUCGAAAAUCUGGAUCCCAGCUCUCACUAUGUGAUUACCCUGAAAGCCUUUAACAAUGUGGGUGAAGGCAUCCCCCUGUACGAGAGCGCUGUGACCAGACCUCACACAGACACUUCUGAAGUUGAUUUAUUUGUUAUUAAUGCUCCAUACACUCCAGUGCCAGAUCCCACUCCCAUGAUGCCACCAGUGGGAGUUCAGGCUUCCAUUCUGAGUCAUGACACCAUAAGGAUCACAUGGGCGGACAACUCACUGCCCAAACACCAGAAGAUUACAGACUCCCGGUACUACACAGUCCGAUGGAAAACCAACAUCCCAGCAAACACCAAGUACAAGAAUGCAAAUGCAACAACUUUGAGUUAUUUGGUGACUGGUUUAAAAGCAAAUACACUCUAUGAAUUCUCCGUGAUGGUGACCAAAGGUCGAAGAUCAAGCACAUGGAGUAUGACGGCCCAUGGGACCACCUUUGAAUUAGUUCCUACUUCUCCACCCAAGGAUGUGACAGUUGUGAGUAAGGAGGGAAAACCUAGGACCAUAAUUGUAAAUUGGCAGCCUCCCUCUGAAGCCAAUGGCAAAAUUACAGGUUACAUCAUAUAUUACAGUACAGAUGUGAAUGCAGAGAUACAUGACUGGGUUAUUGAGCCUGUGGUGGGAAACAGGCUGACUCACCAGAUACAAGAGUUAACACUUGACACACCAUACUACUUCAAAAUCCAGGCCCGGAACUCAAAGGGCAUGGGGCCCAUGUCUGAAGCUGUCCAGUUCAGAACGCCUAAAGCGGACUCCUCUGAUAAAAUGCCUAAUGAUCAAGCCUCAGGGUCUGCAGGAAAAGGAAGCCGGCUGCCAGACCUAGGAUCUGACUACAAACCUCCGAUGAGUGGCAGUAACAGCCCUCAUGGAAGCCCCACCUCUCCUCUAGACAGUAAUAUGCUACUGGUCAUUAUCGUCUCGGUUGGCGUCAUCACCAUUGUGGUGGUCGUGAUCAUCGCUGUCUUUUGCACCAGGCGCACCACCUCUCACCAGAAAAAGAAACGAGCUGCUUGCAAAUCAGUGAAUGGCUCCCACAAGUACAAAGGGAACUCCAAAGAUGUCAAACCCCCAGACCUCUGGAUCCAUCAUGAGAGACUGGAGCUAAAACCCAUCGAUAAGUCUCCAGACCCAAACCCCAUCAUGACUGAUACUCCAAUUCCUCGUAACUCUCAAGAUAUCACACCGGUUGACAAUUCCAUGGACAGCAACAUCCAUCAGAGGCGGAAUUCAUACAGAGGGCAUGAAUCAGAGGACAGCAUGUCUACACUGGCUGGAAGGCGAGGAAUGAGACCAAAAAUGAUGAUGCCCUUUGACUCCCAGCCACCCCAGCCUGUGAUUAGUGCCCAUCCCAUCCAUUCCCUCGAUAACCCUCACCAUCAUUUCCACUCCAGCAGCCUCGCUUCUCCAGCUCGCAGUCAUCUCUACCACCCGGGCAGCCCAUGGCCCAUUGGCACAUCCAUGUCCCUUUCAGACAGGGCCAAUUCCACAGAAUCCAUUCGAAAUACCCCCAGCACUGACACCAUGCCUGCCUCCUCGUCUCAAACGUGCUGUACUGAUCACCAGGAUCCUGAAGGUGCUACCAGCUCUUCUUACUUGGCCAGUUCCCAAGAAGAAGACUCAGGCCAGAGUCUUCCUACGGCUCACGUUCGCCCUUCCCACCCCUUGAAGAGCUUCGCCGUGCCGGCAAUCCCACCCCCAGGUCCUCCCACCUAUGAUCCCACGUUGCCAAGCACACCAUUACUGUCCCAGCAAGCUCUCAACCAUCACCUCCACUCGGUGAAGACAGCCUCCAUCGGGACGUUAGGAAGGAGCCGGCCUCCUAUGCCAGUGGUGGUGCCCAGUGCCCCUGACGUGCAGGAGACCACAAGGAUGCUGGAAGACUCUGAGAGUAGCUAUGAACCAGAUGAGCUGACCAAAGAGAUGGCCCACCUGGAAGGACUAAUGAAGGACCUAAACGCCAUCACAACAGCAUGACGACCUUCGCCAGGACAUGACUCCAGACCUGAGUCUAGACGUCUUGGGACUUAGCCUUGAAAACAAGGAGUUGUACAGAGUACGAGAGGACAGCACUUGAGAACACAGAGUGAGCAAGCAGACCAGCCAGCUCCCAACGUGGUCUGGCUCCAGGCCUGACCACCUGCCUUCUCCUGGUCAGCCUGGAAGAAGCGUGUGUCAAAGCAGCUUCCCUUUGCCUGCUAAAACCCUGCAGGACUGGGCACCAUGGGCCAAAAUCAUGUGUCCAGGGAAGAGGCAAGAAGUGCAACCUACAUUUCACUUUGUGAUCAGGCUGUGUCUUCGUGCUGCAACUGCGUCGCCUUUAUGGAGUGUAGACAUUGGCAUUUAUGUAUGAUUUUGUUUGUGUCCUAUUUUAUUUUACCUUCAAAAGAAAAACGCUAUCAAAAACCAAGGAAGUCCGUGGUGUUCCCACAAGUGGUUGAUAUUUGACUGCUUGUUUGAAUUAUAUAUGGAAAGUCAUUGACAGUGUGGGUUGUUCCAAGGGUUGGCUUGUUUUUUGUUUUUGUUCUUAUUUUUUAAUUCUGAGUCAUUGCAUCCUCUACCAGCUGUUAAUCCAUCACUUUGAGGGGGGAGGAAAUGUUGCAUUGCUGUUUGUAAGAUUUUUUAUUAUUUUUUUAUUAUAAUUAUUAAAGGCCUGACUUUCUCCUCUCAUCACUGUGAGAUUACAGAUCUAUUUGAAUGAAAUGUAACAUUGGAAAGAC